GAAAUUAUGAGACAAUUUGACAUGCACGAGAGGGCAUUUUGGCAGACUAUUUCCUGAGAAAAAUUUAAUUUAAAAUAAACUUAAUUCUGUGUUUAAAAUUUGUUAUUCUUUAAAUUAUACCGUAGUUGACGAUCAUCAUAUUGGCAUUGAAUUGGUAUCUACGGUAACUUAUUGACAACAGUUUUGUUCGUGAAAAAAUAUUUCAAAAUGAGUUUACGUUUUGGGCAGAAUUCCACGCAUGUAAUAGACGCCGCAGUGGAUAAACUAACUCCACUGAAUACGAAAAAGUCGAGAGAUUCUGCGUGGCGACAGUUUUAACAAUUUUGUGAUGAACGAAAAUACACUUUGAACAAGGAAACUUCUGUCGCACAGCUGGCCGUAAUUCUAAGAGAUUUCGCUUUCAACAUGAGACGUAGUGAUGGGGAAGAAUAUAAAGAAGGUGUUGUCAAAACACUUUGGAAUACAGUAGCGAAAAUUUUGCAACAAAAAUGUUAUGAAGAGUUUAACAUUAUUUUCGAUCCUUUUAAAGAUGUAACGUUUGAAUGCGCCAGAACUGCGAGAGACGCAAAAAGGAAGCAGUUGCAAAAGUGUCCUGAAAAAAGAAAAACAAGUGCAUCUAGCUUAUCAGGACAAGAUAUUGAUAAAAUGUGUGCCAUUUGGGACGAGUCGACUCCGGACGGACUUCAACGCAAGUUCUUUCAUAUUGCUUCAUAUGAACUGGCGUGGAGAGGAGGAGAAGCAUGUAAUUGCCUUUUGAGUUACUUUGAAGAAGAAUUUGACAACUACGGCAACCCUACAGGACGCAUAGCUUAUAAUCCUAUUUUUUCUAAGACAGCGCAAGGAGGGAGUCAUAGGUUAACAGAAAAAAGAUGGUUAGUCCAAAACACCACCGAGCCUGAUAAAUGCCCAAUAAGGCUUUUUAAAAUGUUGAAAGAAAAAAGAGGAAAACAUAUUACGGUCGAUCGUCUUUUCUUAACUGUAAAUCCAUCAUGGAUGAAAGAAACAUCAAAAGGUUUUUUUAAAAAUUGUCCAGUAGGACGAAAUGAAAUUUCAAAGUGGACAAGAGAUGCAGCGGAAGCUAUAGGAAUUGACACGAAAAGAAUAAAAGUGACAAAUCACUCGAACCGUGCUGCGGCAGUUACUCAGCUUGCCAAGGUUGGGGUUUCAGAAAAUCAAAUUAUGAAGGUUACCGGACACUCAAAUCAGGCCUCGAUAAAGAGUUACCUCCAAGUAAAUAGUGAACACCACGAGGAAAUUGUACAAAAAAUGCGAAAUGACAGUAGCGAAGUAACAAUAAGAAGUGGUGGAAGCAGCAUAGAAACACCAUCGUCGGCCUCCAGUAAAGUUGUAUAUUCUAAUUGCAUUUUCAAUAAUUGUUCCUUUUCUUAAAAUAUAAAAUUAAA